AUUCCGGAAGUUGAAUUGUGCAUGCUCCACUUUCGUUUUCAACUAGCUGUUGGAGAAACAUGUAACAUACGCUGUCAUUUUCCAAGUACAAAUAUAAUGCAACUUGGUUGGAACGGCUUGUAUAAAACGCUUCGUUUUGGGAAGCAUAUAUUGUUUCGAAAUUCCAUCAACAUUUUCCUGUUAUUAUCACGACCAAGUUUAGUUCAGCAGCAAGUUUCAUUCACCAGUAUGGACAGAUACGUUACAAGGAAAGUGUUGACAGAAGGAAAAAAGAACGACGAAGAAACGAAAAAAACACACAGUCCUGAGAGAACAUCACCUCAGCAGAGAAGAUUGUCAUCACAGGAUUCAAAAUGGCACAACAAAUGUCAAGCCGAUAAAGAGAAAUAUUUGAAUAUGCUGAUAGCUGACAAAAGAAAAGUUUACAAAUGCAAGAAGUUCUUCCAACUGACAGAUAUUCCUACAUGGGAAGAAUUUUUCUUAGCAAACGAAGAAAAGUUGCGUAGAAAAUUGAGAGGCAAAAAGCUGACUGUAAAGGCGGAAGUGAAUGAAUUUUUCAACAAGAAGCUAACACUCUGGAGAGGGGACAUAACUGCAUUAGAGAUAGACAGCAUUGUCAAUGCAGCUAACAAUUCUCUGUUAGGAGGAGGCGGUGUGGAUGGGGCUAUCCACAAUGCUGCAGGGAGUUGCUUGGUUUCUGAAUGUAGAACACUGGGAGGCUGUGACACAGGAGACGCCAAACUUACAGGAGGUUUCAAGCUUCCCUCGAAAUAUGUCAUCCACACAGUCGGGCCGAUUGGAGAAAACCAAGUGGCACUCAAAAGUUGUUACAUGACAAGUCUUGAGGUUAUGGUUGAAAACAAAUUAAGAUCAAUUGCCUUUCCUUGUAUUUCUACUGGAAUUUAUGGUUACCCCUCCAGUAAAGCUGCCGAUGUUGUUCUAUCUUCUAUAAGGGAAUGGCUGGAGGAAGACAACAAUGCGGACAAGGUGGACCGGAUCAUCUUCUGUUUGUUUAUGCCCCAAGAUGUUGCUCUUUAUGAAGAACUCAUGCAGUUAUAUUUCCCAGUUUCUUCCAGCCUGGAGCAGAAAGGCAAUGAUGAUGAGGAGUUAUCAGCUACAGAGGAAAAAGUGAAAAAUUUGAAGAAAUCACCAGGAAAGACAGAGAAAUCCACCACACCUAGUCAUGUGACUAGGAAUGUAUUAAAAGAUGCUGAGCGAAAUUUCACAAAAUCUGGAAAAGAAAAUGAUGAGAAAAGUUUGGAUGGAGAUGCUGCUGAAGCUGAUACUGAACAUCCUUCAGCUGCAGCCAUGACAGAUACAGAGCCAGCAGCGAAGAGGAAGCCUCCGAUUAGUUCUGAUGAAAUAUCUAAAGACACAAAGUCGAAAAAGACAGAUGAAAAUAAUGCUGAAAAUGAUUCCCCACUGGACAAAAACAAUUCUGAUGCUAAAGAGAGCCAACAAUCCCCAAUGGAAUAUACAAAUGACUCUCGGAUCAAAACUAAAUUAUAGGCAGUCUCAAUGACUUCAUUUCCUCGCUUUCUGACAUUUUACGUUUCUAUGGAAUGUAAGUAGAAAUUACUGUAAUGAGUUAUGAAGGGUAUUAUAUACACAAAUGUUAUGAUACUACUAAAUUAUGAGUUUUAUAAAGCUCACAAUAUAAUGUGUGCUAUAAGGGCUAUAAAACUCCUUGUAUUUAAGUUUGAAAGGGCUUUAAAACUCAUAAAUUGUAUAGUUGUAUAUUUUUAGCUUGAGUCAAUAAACUGUUUGUAAAAAUCUU